GCCGCCCCUUCAUCCGCCUCGGCGGCAGUUCUUCCUUGGCGCGGUGACGGUUCCGUGUGCUACGUAUGGAUAGAUACUUAAUGGACUUCGUUAGGAGAACGGUAUGACUACCGGGAUGAGCCCGGUAUAAAGGGUUGUCAUCCAGGUCUCAGGGCUGGUCGGUAAAGUUCGUGUGAUCCCCGUGAAGUUGCCGCCUCCUCUUUGUCGUGCCCACAAGAAUCACUGUGCCGGACUCGGAUAUCCCAUACACAAUGAAGCUGGCCGUUGCCAUCACGCUGCUCGCGGCGGCCCUUGCCGAGGCACACUACACGUUCCCCAGCAUCGCCAACACGGCCGACUGGCAAUAUGUGCGGACGACGACCAACUUCCAGAGCAACGGGCCCGUAACGGACGUCAACUCGGACCAGAUCCGCUGCUACGAACGGAAUCCCGGCACGGGCGCCCCCGGCAUCUACAAUGUCACGGCUGGCCAGACGCUCAACUAUAACGCCAAGGCCUCCAUCUCCCACCCGGGCCCGAUGUUGUUCUACAUCGCUAAGGUUCCCGCAGGCCAGACGGCCGCCACGUGGGACGGCAAGGGCGCAGUGUGGUCCAAGAUCUACCACGACGGCCCGCGUUUCGGAGGAAGCUUGACGUGGCCGACCAACGGCGCCCGAUCCGUCCCCGUCAAGAUCCCCAGCUGCCUGCAGAACGGCGACUACCUCCUGCGCGCCGAGCACAUCGCGCUGCACAGCGCCGGCAGCGCCGGCGGCGCCCAGUUCUACAUCUCGUGCGCCCAGCUCACCGUCAGCGGCGGCAGCGGCACCUACAGCCCCAGGAACAGGGUCGCCUUCCCCGGCGCGUACCGGCCGACCGACCCGGGCAUCAUGAUCAACAUCUACUACCCCGUCCCGACCAGCUACACGCCUCCUGGUCCGCCGGUUGAGACUUGCUGAGAGUAGUGGAAUUUAAAGAAGGGAGGAAAGGGG